UUCAGCUCGAAUUAAUCUUGUAAACAUGCUUUGGGAGCGUCGUUCCAUACAACGUAUCUUAUCAUUUGCUUGAAAGUUUCACCACGCAGUUUGUUCGUGCCCGUUUCCAUCAGUUCUUUCGGCGGAGUCCAAAGAUUUCGUACGCAUCAUGCCGCGUCAUAAAUAUGUUAUUGAGUCAAGAAAACCAACGAUCGAUGCAAAUGCAUUAGUGGCUGCGGUCAAGGAAAUUUUAAUUGAAAAGAAAGCACUACGGUCCGUCGCUCGAGCGUAUAAUAUAGAUAAAUCAAGAUUGUUUCGCUACAUCUCAAAACUAAAUGAUUCAAACCUGGAUCCAUCGACGGCUUCUGAGGAAAAAUUGAUUGAGUUUCUGUCAUCACUCAGUACCACAUCUGGUGGUAGAACGAUCUUCAGUGAAGCGCAAGAAAAACAAUUGAUGACAUAUCUUCUGGAAGCAAGCAAAAUCUACUAUGGCUUGAGCAUAAAUGAAUUAAAAAUUUUAACGUAUGAGUUGGCAAAAAACUUGGCAUUGAUUAUCCUAAAGCAUGGGACGAACAUAAAAAAGCGUCAUAUGACUGGUACUAUGGGUUUAUGCAUCGCCAUCCAAAUUUAUCAUUGCAAAAACAAGCCUCGGAUGAACCAAGGUCGACCCUCUGGCCGACCUUUACCUUUGGAGGAUGAUGGUGAGACCGAGCGACACGCAUUCCCGUGUGAGUAUCCGGGAUGUGGGAUGUCGUUCGGCACUAAAAGAGGCCUUGGAGUCCACAGAAGAGCCAAACACCCCGAGUUUGCCGACCAACUGGUGGACACUGGCCGUAAAAAUAAGAUGUGGUCACAUGAGGAAAAUCUAAUAAUGGCGCGAAGAGAGGCGGAAAUGGCUUUAGCAGGCGAACGAUUUUUGAAUCAGGAAUUGGCCAAGGAAUUCCCACAAAGAUCUUACGAUUCAAUCUAA